AGCUCAUUUUUUAGGAGUCGAGAGCCGAGCUCUUUUUGUCUCGCAUAUAUUUUCGAACAGGGAAGGGGUAUCGACACCGAGGGAAAUGAGGAAAUUCGAUCCAUGGUCGAUAUUCUUCCGCAAGGAAUGGAACAGGAACUGGCCUUUCCUCACUGGCUUUUCCAUUACUGGAACGAUUAUCAUCAAGAUGACUGUCGGCUUAACCGAGGAGGAUUUCAAGAAUUCCCCCUUUGCUCAAGCGCAUAAAAGGAAGUAAAAUUCUGAACGUCUAUGAUUUGAUUGUUCUGAACAUGUUUCAGGAAUGCAGCCUUAUUCUUUUUUUUUUUAAUUUCUUCAGACAACUUUGCUUGUAAUCCUACUUUUUUAUAUCGCAAAAACUAAAAUAAGGUCUGAUCAACUCCAAUUUGAGAAUAUCUUCUAUUUGACUAUCUGAUGAUGAUUUAAGAGAUACAUCGUUGCUUCUUU